ACUGUGAAAACUAAAAAUAUUAAAGACGAGAAAAUAAGAAAAAUCGCGAAUUUCACCAUUUUCCAGGACUUUGUAGAGGAAUUUGGCAUCUCAGCAGUUGGCGAAGCAUCGAAAGACCCCGAAAUUCGUGCAGAACUGAACCAAACGGACCGCAAAAACCCAAGAUGUGAUGAAAAAUAACCCAGAAAUUAAAUCACACAGCAAACAACAAACAUUUUUCAAGAAAACUGAGUGUUAGUAACAACAAACAAACAGAAAAUGACAGAUACUUUACCGAAUCACAGCAGUAGAGGCGCCGCAGCGAGUACGACGUCGUCUCAGGGGAAUCAUGCUGCCGUCGCUGGUCAAGGAUAUCAUCAAUUGAGUGUCACAAUUGAACACGGUUCAUUACGAAACAACGGAUUCCUCAAGCCAAAUCCCUACGUGGAAUUGUCGAUCGACAAUAAAAGCAUCCGCAAGACGGAAUUCGUGAAAAACAGCACCGUACCAAAGUGGAAUGAGGAAUUUACGAUUCUCGUGACGCACAUGAGCGUGUUGCACUUCAAGGUGUUGGAUCACUCGAGUUUCCGCAAAGAUUCUGUGAUUGGCGAGCAAACGGUGCACCUGAACAAGUUGCUGCAUCAGUACAACGGCAAGCUGGAUGCCUUGGAACUCAGCAUGGAGUUGUACUACGAGUCAAAAUCCGAUAAUCAGGAGCGCAAAAAAACCGGAGAAAUUGUCGUUGUGCUGAAUGGACUGCGAAUUGACAUGUCACUCGUGCUGGGCGGCAGCAGCAAUGACGCCACAAAUGGCGCAAAUCGCGAAAUAAAGGCGCGAAUGCGUUUACGAGGGGCUGCGGGAAGCGUUUCAUCCGUAAAUGCUAGUCCAAAUUUGGUUGUUUCGAACGGGAUGAGUAGCUUAAGUUUGAAUAGUUCGCCGCAAAUCAAUGGCGGAUCGCAUAUUAUGACGAAUAGCGGUGUUGCCGUUGGAAGUCUUGGGCCAGCAACAUCGACGGGCGCCAUUCGACGUGUUAGCGGCAUCAAUUGGGAUCAACAACCGCCGACGACAGCAACGACGCCACAACCGCAAUCGCAUCAAAGACUCAGUCAAACAGUGUCCGAUCCAGCGCAAAGCGUUUCUGCAGCACAACCGUCGCCUUCGACGCAACCGCAACCGAAUCCCGGAUAUCCCGUGCAACAAUACAUUCAAAAUGGAAGCAUUGGCGGCACUCCGAUCAUGGUACAAGGUAACGCCGCCGUCGCAAAUGGACCAGAACAAUCGCAAGCCUUGCAGCAACAACAGCAGCAGCAGGAAGACGAAGAAUUGCCAAACGGAUGGGAAGCGAGAUUCGAUCAGUAUGGGAGAAGAUAUUAUGUGGAUCAUAAUACGCGAUCGACUUAUUGGGAAAAACCGACGCCAUUGCCGCCGGGAUGGGAAAUGCGACGUGAUAAUCGGGGACGAGUUUACUAUGUGGACCAUAAUACGAGAACGACGACUUGGCAACGACCCAAUUCCGAGAGAUUGUUGCAUUAUCAACAAUGGCAAGGACAACGAGCUCAUAUCGUCUCACAAGGCAACCAACGAUUCCUCUAUCCGCAACAUGCCCAAACGUCAAAUAGUACGGCAGCGGGUAUGCAAGACGAGGACGAAGAAGCACUCGGUCCCCUUCCCGAAGGAUGGGAAAAGCGCAUUGGAGCAGAUAAUCGUGUCUAUUUCGUCAAUCACAAAUGCCGAAUAACGCAAUGGGAGGAUCCCCGAACACAGGGUCAAGAAGUCGCAAUGGUUAAUGAAGCUCCGUUGCCUCAAGGUUGGGAAGUUCGUUACACGAGCAACGGCGAACGCUUUUUCGUGGAUCACAACAAUCGUCGUACAACCUUUGAGGAUCCGCGUGGCGGUAGUGUUCCGGGUGCCAUAAAGGGCGCCAGCAAAGGCGUUUACGGCGUACCACGUGCCUACGAACGUUCAUUCCGAUGGAAACUCGCGCAAUUCCGGUAUUUGUGUCAAAGUAACGCGCUACCGUCGCAUAUCAAGAUAACGCUUACCCGUCAAACGUUGUUCGAGGACUCAUAUCACCAAAUAAUGCGACUGCCGGCGUACGAAUUAAGACGUCGUUUGUACAUAAUUUUCCGCGGCGAAGAAGGAUUAGAUUACGGAGGCGUGAGUCGCGAAUGGUUUUUCUUGUUGUCGCACGAAGUUCUGAAUCCGAUGUACUGCUUGUUCGAAUAUGCCAACAAAAAUAACUACAGUUUACAAAUAAAUCCGGCAAGUUAUGUCAAUCCGGACCAUUUGCAAUAUUUCAAGUUUAUCGGGAGAUUUAUCGCGACGGCGUUGUAUCACGGCAGAUUCAUUUAUUCCGGAUUCACGAUGCCUUUUUACAAGCGGAUGCUGAACAAGAAGCUGACUACGAAGGAUAUCGAGACAAUUGACCCGGAAUUUUAUAAUUCGCUGAUUUGGGUGCGCGACAACAACAUUGACGAAUGCGGGCUCGAAUUGUGGUUCAGUGUCGACUUUGAAGUGCUCGGACAAAUUAUUCAUCAUGAGCUCAAGGAAAAUGGCGACAAGGAAAAAGUCACGGAAGAGAACAAGGAAGAGUAUAUCACGCUGAUGACUGAAUGGAGAAUGACCAGAGGCAUCGAAGAACAAACCAAGACAUUUUUGGAAGGCUUCAACGAAGUUGUCCCGCUCGAGUGGCUCAAAUAUUUCGACGAACGUGAAUUGGAGUUGAUGUUAUGCGGCAUGCAAGAGAUCGACGUCGAUGAUUGGCAGAGAAAUACAAUUUAUCGUCAUUACAAUCGCAAUACUAAGCAAGUUGCGUGGUUCUGGCAGUUUGUUCGUGAAACCGACAACGAAAAACGUGCUCGCCUCUUGCAAUUUGUCACCGGAACGUGUCGCGUGCCUGUCGGAGGCUUCGCUGAACUCAUGGGAAGCAAUGGGGCACAACGCUUUUGCAUCGAAAAAGUUGGCAAAGACACGUGGCUGCCACGUUCCCACACAUGCUUCAAUCGACUCGAUUUGCCGCCGUACAAAAGUUACGAACAACUAGUCGAAAAAUUGAAUUACGCCAUUGAGGAGACCGAGGGCUUCGGACAGGAGUAAAAAAUUUUAGUUUUAUUUCAGAAGUUCGUAACGCAAAACACUAUUAAGAGAGGGAAAUCCAGGAAAAAUAAAUAUAUUUUUCAAUCAGAGGCCUAUUUUUUAGUAAAAAAAAUAAUAAAAGAAUCAGCAGAACAGAAAAAAAUAUUAAAAGUGAUAAAAAAAGUAUAUUAAAAAAAAACAAAGAGACAUAUUGUAAUAAAAAAAAUAUAAAUAUCUAGAAAAGUAUCAAAUAAUAAUCCUGUAUAUUAUGUAGCGACAAGAAAAAAUGUCUAAAUAAGUAAGUUUAGUAGGAAAAUGGUUAAAUAUUUGUCGAGAAUGAAAGAUGUAUUAUAUAUUCAACAAAAAAAAAAACUAGUAAGAUGUAAGAAAUCCCUCAAAAAAAAUUUCCUCACACAGUCUUUUGUUGCUUAAUUCUUAUUUUUUGUUAGUUAACGUAAGCACUGUUGUUGAGUUUCUUGCAAUUUUUAAUUCACACUUGCACUACUGAGAGAAAAAAGCAAUAUUCUACAGUUUUUGGUUAAGCAUUUCCAAAAUUUUAUCAAAUUUAUUUAUUGAAUUUUAUUGUUUUCUUAUUUAAAAAAAAUGUUAUUUUUUUAAACUCUGUAAAAAUCAACAAAAAAAGACAA